CUCCAUCCCUUUAAAUCCACAUUUUUUUUCCUUCUCUUUUUCCUAAACCCAUAACAUGAAUGGGUACAGAGAAGAAAACUCCUUCUGCUAUUUCCACCCCAAACAAGCCCUUGUAGGGGUUUGCCCCUUCUGCUUGAAUGAGAGGCUCCUAAUCUUGGCCGCAAAGCCAGGCCGAGCCAGCACCCGCAGAGCCCAAAGCUCCGUACACAAGAAGCCGCCCAUCACUCUCCCCAAGAUCUUUGCUCUCGGUUCUUUUCUCAGCCGUCGUCUUGAAUUCCGGCAUUGGAAAUCCGACAACUCCGACGACCUCCACGACCACGACCACGACCACGACCACGAUGCCUCCACCAGUCAAGAAGCCUUGGAAGACUCGUUUAUAUCAAUAAAGUUUGAAGAAAACGGCGUAGCAUCGUGGGAGAAGAACACAGUAGUGUGUAAGAAGACAAAUAGUAGUGUAGAGAAUUAUGAGAGGUUGAGCAGCAAGGAGGCCAAGGAGACGAAGACAGUGAUAGAACAUGGGAAACCACGUGUCUCUCUAAGGUGGCGGAAGCGGAUUGGGCACCUGUUCCAGCUCAUCAGAUGGAAGAGGUCCAACAAGGGCAAUGUGUGCGGCAGCAAGGUGGAGGGUGUGAAGGUGAGGAAGGGGUGGUGGAUAAGGACUCUGACAAAGAGGAAGACCGCGGAAUAAAGUUGUUGUAUAGAAAGUGACACAAAAGUCUUUUCCACUAUCAUAUCAAAAUUUGGUGAGAGUAUGUAAAGCUUUAAUGUAUUAUAUUAUAGGGAUCAGGGAUGCAUGGUGGUAAAGUCAAUAUAACUUUAUCACUCUCAAAAAUGUCCCUUUUUCUUUUUCUUUGCUUUCAAAUCUUUGGGGCUUUCUUCAACUUUCCUGUUUUCUCU